AACGACAGUACGCGGAACCUGUCAAAAUGGCGCCCAAGUCGAGCGUUCCGACCCAGAAUGACAUCCUUAUCCCUGAGACGCUUCUGAAGAAGAGGAAGUCCCAGGAGAAGGCUCGAGAGGAUCGUGCUGCGGCGACCAAGGAAAAGCGAGAGAAGAACAAGAAGAAGAGGCAGACUAUCUUCACUCGCGCCGAGAAGUACGUCAAGGAGUACCGCGAUGCUGAAAGGGAGAAAAUAAGGCUUUCUCGAGAGGCUAAGCGGAGCGGUGAAUUCUACGUUCCAGCGGAGUCAAAGCUUGCCUUCGUCGUUCGCAUCAAGGGUAUCAACAAGAUUGAUCCCAAGAAGCGCAAGACUCUUCAGCUUCUCCGUCUUCUUCAAAUCAACAACGGCGUCUUCAUUAGGCUGACAAAGGCGACCUCGGAGAUGCUCAAGAUCGUUGAGCCUUUCAUUGCCUACGGUUACCCGAAUCAAAAAUCCGUUCGUGAACUUAUCUACAAGCGAGGGUAUGGCAAGGUCGAUAAACAGCGUAUCCCUCUAACGGACAACGAGAUCAUUGAGAAGAGCCUAGGACAAUAUGGCAUCAUCUGUAUGGAGGAUUUGAUUCACGAGAUCUACACUGUCGGGCCCAACUUUAAGCAAGCUUCCAACUUCCUGUGGCCAUUCAAACUCAGUAACCCCACCGGUGGUUUCCACACCAGGAAGUUCAAGCACUUCAUCGAGGGUGGUGAUUUGGGUAACCGGGAAGACCACAUCAAUAGCCUCAUCAGACAGAUGAACUAGAAUUGGAAGGGGGUUUCGGUAAAGUGCGGGAUUAUGACAUAGAUGUCUUUAUGCAUGGGUAGCUUUCCGGAAAUACCAUGGGAUUUCACAUCUACCUAGGUGCCUGGAGUCCAAAAUCAAG